UCCCCAGCAGGAUGAGCUGGCUGUAAACCACACCAGGUCUAUUAAUUAAUUAAUGUAGCCUAACUGCAGGGCUGGCUCUCCCUCCAUUGUAGUGGAGCGGUUUUCAGCUGGCUGCAGUGGUGACGGUGGCUGGUGUUUUCUUUGGGUUCCUGCAGUGUUGUGGCAGAAAAGACAAGAGAUAUAGGGAAGAGCAGCAGCAGCAGACAACUGUGGAUGGGAGGAAGCAGUCAGCACCAUAGGCACCAUUAAUCACCCAGGGCCAUUGUGGUCCUGUCCUGUACACGGCGCCAGUACAGGCAGGCGGGCAGACAGAGAGAGAGAAGGAGGUAGAGGGGGGGAAGCAUAGGGAGAGGGAGAGAGGGGGCAGGGUGGCUGCAGGGAGGAAGAAGGGCAGAAGAUGGUUGGGGAUCAGCCUGUAUGUCCACCUCAGCCCCUGCUGCGGGGCUGGGGAGCAGUGCUGCUGUCCCAGUGCUUGUCCUCCGUGUUCUCCCAGAUCCCGGAUCCUGAGCUUUUGCCUACAGAGCCCCCUAAGAAGCCGGACCCCGUGACCUCAGAGACCGUCGUUUUCUGGGGGCUGCGGUUAUGGCAGGUCAUUGGCAUCUUUGCGGUGUUUGGUUUGGCAGUUGUUAUCACCCUGUGCUGUAUAUUCAAAUGUCGAAUCCCGAGAACCAAAAAGGAAAUCGAGGCGCGAAACCAGCAAAGGCAGGCCGCCAAGAAAUACGCCAACACAUUAGAGACAGUGCCACCUCUGAACGAGCUGACUGAGAUCCCAGGAUCUGCCCUCGAUGCCUCUGCAGUACAAACAGUGUCUGAGCAGGUCCAACCUCAAAGUGCUGAAAACAGCCAGCUCUCUGUAGCUGGGGUCAGCGAGGAGCAGCCCAGCUCCCUCAGUUUGCCCGAGACGGCAUAAUUCUUCCUCCUUUGCUUCGAAUCUUAUCUUCUGUCACACUUGGUCACUCUUGGUUAAGUGACUUAAAAAAAACAAAAAAAACACAGUGUAUACACAUUGGCUACAAAGUCCCUUUCAUGCAUCUACCAUCAAUAUAUCCUGUCGUCUUUCUUUGAUGCCUGAUGCGUAAUGCUUGGAAUUUAUAUACAGAAAGUAGAGCACAACUUGAAUUUUGCUUGCAGGUGGUUGAAGUGCAGCAGUGACUGUGUGCAGCAGAAACUUUUACUCAUGGCUCCAGAAUACAGAUCGUACUGCGUUUUACAAAUAUGAUUCUUGUAGAGCAGCUGGACUUUUGUAGUUUAUACUUUUGUAUUUUGUAAAGCUUGCAUCUUCCUUAAAGCCAAAAAUGUUUUUGAUAAAAAUGCACAGAUUUGCAUGAAAAAGUUAGAAUUUUGUGAGAAAUGUGAGGCAAUGUUAAAGUAAUGCAUGCAGCUGUUUGUGCUCCACUGUACGCUUGUCUUUAUCCCUGUUUCCUUUCGUCAGAUUUACUUUGACUAAAGCAAAUCAUCCAUACAAUUUCCUUCCUGUGUUAAUUAAAAUUGAUUAUAGAUGUCGGCGCUGGUGUCAUCUGUAAUUAUAAAUGCUU